AAAUGAUAAAAAAAAAACAAGAUCAAAGACACGACCAUUCUUGUUCAAAGUUCAAUUUUUCUUGUCCCCCACCACAACCUGAUGACAGGCCACUCCAACAAAACAAACACCUCAAUGUCUUCAACUUGAAUUUCCUCAUAGUUUCUAUUCUACCACUUUAUAGAUUCACUCAAGCACAAGAUCAGUUUUAUUUGCUCAUAGAAGAAAACACCAAUCACACAAGAGAACGAUCAUUGAUGUCAGAGCACUUCCUGUUACUCUGUUUUUUCAUUCUUUUCUCAGGUAAACUGGUUGCUGGUGAUUAUUCAUUGGACACAGACAAACAAGUUCUGCUGAGUCUGAAAUCCUACUUGGAAAAUCAAACAGUUGCAAACAAAGGAGGGUACAUAAACUGGAACAAGAACAGUUCAAAUCCUUGUGAGUGGUCAGGAAUCUCUUGCAGCCUCUUCAAUGGUACAACUUGGAGGGUUGUGAGAGUGGAAAUCUCAGCUAGUGAGAUAGCAGGUACGAUAUUCCAGAACUUCUCUCACCUCACUGAGCUUACACACCUUGAUCUCUCUUGGAAUUCACUCUCUGGGGUCAUUCCUGAGGAUUUGAACCGGUGCCAGAAGCUUGUGUUUCUCAAUCUAUCGCGUAAUAUCCUCGAGGGGGAGCUGAAUUUGAGUGGCUUGAAGCGCUUGCAAACACUGGAUUUGUCUGUGAAUAGAAUUCAUGGUUGGAUUGGGUUGAGUUUCCCUGACAUGUGUGAUAGUUUGGUCACUUUGAAUGUUUCACAGAAUCACUUCACAGGAAGGAUUGAUGAAUGCUUUGAAGAGUGCUUGAAAUUGCAGUACUUGGAUUUGAGCAGCAAUAAUCUGAGUGGGGGUUUGUGGAGUGGAAUUUCAAGGCUGAAGGAGUUUUCAGUUUCAGAGAACAAUCUCAGAGGGGUUGUUGCUGUUCCUUCUUUUCCAGGGAAUUGUAGCCUUGUAAAAUUGGAUCUUUCAGUUAAUGGGUUUGUUGGUGAAGCCCCAAAGGAGGUUGCUAACUGCAAGAAUUUAGAGAUUCUCAAUCUUUCUAACAACAUUUUUACCGGAGAUGUUCCCGAAGAAAUCGGUUCCAUUUCGGGUCUUCUUUCGUUGUUCUUGCAGAAUAACAGUUUCUCAAGAGAAAUUCCGGAGACCCUUUUGAGCUUGACCAAUUUAUUUAUCUUGGAUUUAAGCAGGAACAAGUUUGGUGGUGAGAUACAAGAGAUUUUUGGGAAAUUCAAGCAAGUGAAGUUUCUUCUGCUGCACUCAAAUUCUUACACUGGAGGAUUGAACACAUCAGGGAUUUUCUCAUUGACAAACCUUAGCCGCUUAGACCUAAGCUUCAACAACUUUUCAGGUCCAUUACCAGCUGAAAUCUCUCAAAUGUCAAGUCUCACGUUCUUAACUUUAACCUACAAUCAGUUCAGUGGACCUAUUCCUUCUGAAUUGGGAAAAUUGACUCACUUGCUAGCACUUGAUCUUGCCAACAACAGUUUCAGUGGACCAAUCCCACCAAGCCUUGGAAACUUGAGCUCUCUCUUGUGGCUAAUGCUUGCAAACAAUUCACUAACAGGAGAAAUCCCACCAGAGUUGGGAAACUGCUCAAGCAUGCUAUGGUUGAACCUGGCAAACAACAAACUCUCAGGAAAAUUUCCUUCUGAAUUAACCAAAAUUGGAAGAAAUUCUCUUGCCACAUUCGAAUCUAAUCGUAGACGUAUCGGUCGAGUUUCGGGUAAUAGUGAAUGUUUAUCAAUGAGGAGAUGGAUACCUGCUGAUUACCCUCCAUUCAGCUUUGUGUAUUCAAUCCUUACAAGGAGGAAUUGUAGAGCCAUUUGGGACAGAUUGCUCAAAGGUUAUGGUGUUUUCCCUGUGUGCACAUCUGAAUACUCUUCUAGAUCAUCUCAUAUAUCUGGUUAUGUUCAGCUAAGGGGGAACCAGCUGAGUGGUGAAAUUCCACCAGAAAUUGGGACCAUGAUGAACUUCAGUAUAUUGGAUUUGGGGGAUAACAUGUUCUCUGGGAAGUUUCCUCAAGAGAUGGUGAGUUUGCCACUUGUUGUAUUGAACAUGACCAGAAACAAUUUUUCUGGUGAAAUUCCAAUGAAAAUUGGCAACAUGAAGUGCUUGCAGAAUUUGGAUCUGUCUUGGAACAAUUUCUCAGGGACAUUUCCUUCAAGUUUGGUUAACUUGGAUGAGCUUAGCAGGUUCAACAUCUCAUACAAUCCCUUCAUAUCUGGUGUGGUUCCACCAUCUGGACACUUGCUUACAUUUGAUUCAUAUUUGGGUAACCCCCUCUUAAACCUCCCAACUUUCAUUGAUAACACCCCAGAUGAAAGAAAUAGGACUUUUCACAAACACCUGAAAAAUAAAUCCACAACAGGUCCUUUCUGUGUGGCUCUGACACUUUCUAUCCUGUUCUUUGGACUUCUUCUCACAACAGUUUGUUUCUUAUUAAAAAGAAAAUCUGCCGAACCCGGAUUCGACAAAAGCCAGGGUCAUGAGGAUUCAAGUAGCACAGGAGGAACAGGAUCAUCGCCAUGGAUGUCUGAUACUGUUAAGAUAUUCCACUUAAACAACACAAUUUUCACACAUGCGGACAUCUUGGAAGCAACAGGAAACUUCACAGAGAAGAGGAUCAUAGGAAAAGGUGGGUUUGGAACAGUGUACAGAGGGAUUUUCCCUGAUGGGAGAGAAGUGGCUGUGAAGAAGCUCCAAAGAGAAGGAAUAGAAGGUGAGAAAGAAUUCAGAGCUGAAAUGCAGGUUCUCAGUGGUCAUGGAUUUUCAUGGCCCCAUCCAAACCUUGUCACACUCCAUGGUUGGUGUCUCUAUGGUUCACAGAAGAUACUGGUCUAUGAGUACAUAGGAGGUGGAAGCUUGGAGGAUGUUGUGACUGACACAGCUAAGUUUACAUGGAGGAGGAGAAUAGAAGUGGCAAUUGAUGUGGCUAGAGCACUAGUGUACUUACACCAUGAGUGCUACCCUUCUAUUGUGCACAGAGAUGUGAAGGCUAGUAAUGUUUUAUUAGAGAAAGAUGGUAAAGCCAAAGUCACAGAUUUUGGACUUGCUAGAGUUGUUGAUGCUGGAGAUAGUCAUGUGAGCACUAUGGUGGCUGGCACAGUGGGGUAUGUUGCACCAGAAUAUGGACAGACAUGGCAAGCUACUACAAAAGGGGAUGUUUACAGUUUUGGGGUGUUGGCUAUGGAGCUUGCAACAGGGAGAAGAGCAGUGGAUGGAGGAGAAGAAUGUUUGGUGGAACGGGUUCGGCGUGUUACAGGUUCUGGAAGACAUGGGUUGAACUUGAGUCCCUCUAGGCUAGUUGGGGGAGCAAAGGAGAUGGGGAAGCUGCUACAAGUUGGGUUGAAGUGCACACAUGACACACCACAGGCUAGGUCUAACAUGAAGGAGGUUCUAGCUAUGCUGAUUAAGAUAUACAACAACCACAAUGGAGACUCAAAUUAUGAGCACCUAGUUUAGUCUUGUGACUAAACAAGGUGCUCAUUUAGCAUGCAAGCAAACCAAAGAGUACUUAUUGGAGCUAAUUUAGUGUAUUUUAUAGUAGAUAAGCUCUAAUAAGCUCCAAUAAGCCCGUAUUCAAACGGGCUCUAGGAAACUAAACACCAGUUGUAUUUUGUUUUUUAAAUGUGCACAGUGUAGAUUGCAAUACAGUAUAGAUAGAGAAUACAUAUCAUACACAGUUGAUUCUUCCAUUGUGUAAAGAAAGUUCAUCAUUCUUGUCAUUGUAACUUCAGUGUAACACCUUCAAUUUGAUUAAUGAUUAGCUUCUCUGUUCACUUUA